AUGUAUUCCACCUUCUCUCCUGUAAUCAAGGCAUCGCAGGCAGAACAGGUCAUAUGCACUUUACGCAACAGAAUAUUCCGCUAUUUUAGAGUAACCGGAAAAUACCACUUUGUUUCCACGCUUCUCAAGAUCGUGCCAGACUACAACAACACCAAACACAGGACUUUGGGCAUCAGCCCGUCCGAAGUCAUGCCCGAAAACGAAUUGGAGCUGUUCACUAAGAUAAAUGGCAAGCCUGUCGUACCCUCCGUGAAAAAGAAGCUCAAAGUGAGGGAUAAAGUGAGGGUCCUACUACACAGAAAAGGUUUUCAAAAGAGCUCGGAAGAGAGUUGGUCGCCUCAGAUUUUCUCCAUCUCCUGCCUGAGAGACACCUCCCCUCCCUUCGUGCAUCUGGAAGAUUACCGGGGUAAGGAAGUGGACAGGGCUUUCUACAUGGAGGAGGUACUCGUCGUAACCCGAGACGCCACUCAGCCUUGGCCAGUAACGAAAGUGCUGAGAAAAAAGAAAGUGAGCAGUCAGAGCUUCUUCUUGGUUCACUGGUUCGGCUAUGACAAAGAACUUGACAGUUGGGUUCCGAGCAGUGACGUGGUCAAGAUUAGAAAAUGA